GGGGCUCCAGAUGCCGCGCCGGCAGAAGCUGACAUCCAGGAGCCGGCAGGAGAUGCGGACGGUGAGGCAUCGCCGACGUCCCGCUUUGGAGGGGCCGCGACUACCGAGGGUGGUGAUGAGACCAACACGGAAGGUGAUGACAGCCCUUCCGACAAGGUAGUGAGGAGACAGAUGGUGCACAGGCAAGCUUCCAAGGAGAUCAUUGAAGGUAUCCGAAGGAAGCGAAGCACAUCGAUCCAGUCAUCAACUCACGACGAUGACGCGCAGGAUAAAAUCGAUGCAGAAGAAGCCAGGUGGCGGAUUCCUGCCAGCUUCUUCUACGACCCAAGCGCCCCGGAGCUCAACCCGCCUUUGGAGGAUCGAGAGUUGCCGCGGCAAGGGACGCGAGCAGCUCGCUUCAUGG